UCACCGCUGUCACAGGAGGCGCACACUUCUACUCUUCCUUGAGUUUUUCAUUUACCAAACCCAAACCCGUUGUAUAAUCAUCUUAAAAUUUCUGCCAACAUCAUUGACACUAUAUUUUGAGCGCAUCAUAGGGCGUUCGCGGUCUCCAGCGCGCCUUCAUCACAGACGCUGAUUCUGUGUCACCCACUGCGGUCCUGCGCGCGCCCCGCCGGAGCUCUGAGAUUUUAGCAAGCACCGCAGGACCCAGACCUGCCAAACUGUUUGAAGUAGAAAGCUUCAUCUUGUCCCGCGCGCCAAUGGAAGGCGACGUUAUGGAUAAACUGGAGGACAUGGCCUCAGUUUGCGAGUUCGACCCAAUCACGGGGAAUAUUCCCGCCACUAAAGUGGAGAUCACCGUCUCGUGCAGAAACCUGUUAGAUCGUGACACAUUCUCCAAGUCGGAUCCUUUGUGUAUUCUAUAUACUCAGGGAGCAGAGUCUAAGCAGUGGCGUGAGUUUGGGAGAACUGAAGUCAUCGACAACACCCUGAACCCAGACUUUGUGAGAAAGUACAUCUUGGACUAUUUCUUUGAGGAGAAGCAGAAUCUGCGCUUUGACAUAUAUGACAUUGACUCCAAAAGUCCGGAUUUGGCCAAACACCCCUCCGAUUUCAACGACUUCUUGGGUCAGACCUUCUGCACUCUGGGUGAGAUAGUGGGUUCACCAGGCAGUCGUCUGGAAAAGCCUCUGGGUGGCAUCCCUGGGAAGAACUGCGGUACCAUUAUUCUCACUGCAGAGGAACUUGGAAACUGUCGGGACUGUGCCACAAUGCAGUUCUGUGCCAAUAAGCUGGAUAAGAAAGACUUUUUCGGCCGCUCUGACCCGUUCAUGGUGUUCUACAGAAGUAAUGAGGACGGAACGUUCACUAUCUGCCAUAAAACGGAGGUGGUGAAGAACACACUGAACCCCAUCUGGCAGCCGUUCACCAUUCCUGUCAGAGCGCUCUGCAAUGGAGAUUAUGACAGGUCAAUUAAAGUGGAGGUGUAUGACUGGGACAGAGAUGGCAGUCAUGAUUUUAUCGGGGAAUUCACCACAAGCUACAGAGAGCUGUCUCGUGGUCAGAGUCAGUUCAAUGUGUACGAGGUGGUGAAUCCUAAAAAGAAACUCAAAAAGAGACGAUACAUCAACUCUGGCACAGUGACACUGCUUUCCUUCUUGGUGGAGGCUGAACACACAUUCCUGGACUACAUCAAAGCAGGGCUUCAGAUCCAUUUCACAGUGGCCAUUGAUUUCACUGCGUCCAAUGGGAAUCCUUCUCAGUCUACCUCCCUGCACUACAUGAACCCAUAUCAGAUGAACGCGUACGCCAUGGCCUUAAAGGCCGUCGGUGAGAUCAUUCAGGACUACGACAGUGAUAAGAUGUUUCCUGCGUUGGGCUUUGGAGCCAAACUUCCUCCCGAUGGCCGGGUUUCCCAUGAAUUUCCCCUGAAUGGCAAUGUUGAUAACCCGUAUUGCAAUGGGAUGGAGGGAAUCCUAGAGGCUUAUCACGAGAGCCUGAAGACUGUCCAGCUUUAUGGACCCACCAAUUUUGCUCCUGUCAUCAACCAUGUAGCGAGGUAUGCGGCAGCGGUUCAAGAUGGCUCGCAGUAUUUUGUGCUUCUCAUCAUCACAGAUGGUGUGAUUUCAGAUAUGGCUCAGACUAAGGAAGCCAUCGUCAAUGCAGCAAAACUCCCCAUGUCCAUCAUUAUUGUAGGAGUUGGACAGGCUGAGUUUGAUGCCAUGGUCGAGCUGGAUGGAGAUGAUGUGAGAAUAUCCUCCAGAGGAAAGCUGGCAGAGCGGGAUAUUGUACAGUUUGUACCAUUCAGAGACUAUAUGGACAGGACAGGAAACCAUGUCCUCAGCAUGGCACGGCUUGCCAAGGACGUCCUGGCUGAAAUCCCGGAUCAGUUAAUCUUAUACAUGAAGUCAAGGGGCAUCAAGCCCAACCAGACCCCGCCAGAGUACAGUCCACCUGGGCUCAGCCCGACUUCCACCAUAUGAGUUUACCCAGCCGGCCGACGGAAAACAGGCCAUGCUUGUUAUGUCCCCUCCAAUUUGGAUCUCAUUCAAAGCCAAUACGACUGAUUCAGUGUGAGGCGUCUAGAGGAGCGGAUGGUUUCAAUUCUCCGAUUUUGGAUCUAAUACACUGGAGAAAUUGAAAAUAUAUCUGUGUUCCGGCCUUUGAACUGAGAAGGGUUGCAAGUGAGUUUGUUUCCCCCUCUUCAUAAAUUAGCCGACACUAUGAACAGAUUUAUAGCUUGGAUUUGAUUGUGCUGAAGAAGACCUUCGCAAACAAUGCAAUUUUUUUUGCUUAUUUAGCAUCUCGACAUCUACAGAAACGCUUGUGUGUCAGCAUGUGAAGACUGUGUUAUAUUAGGGAAAUCUUUCUAUAUCUUUUGUAUGCAGCAGAGGUGAAAGAGACCAUAGGAAGAAAUAAUUGUUUGAAAUAUUGUAUACCCAAUAUGGGUAAACUAUGUAGUGAAAUAGUUUGUAGAGUUAUUUUUAAAUAGGUUGUGUUAAUGUGGUUUUAUUUUUCCACUGGAAAAAUUUUGGGCAGUUUAUUUUUAGUAUAAAGUAAUUUCCCAUUGCAGUUUCCCAUUUAUAGCUUUUAAAAGCUAUGAUAAACAAGAUUUUCUAUGCUAAAGCAUGACACCCAGGUAAAACAGAUGUACAUUGCAUUAUUACAUUGUAUUUAGAUUAAAUAUUUAUGCAGAAAAUCUGCUAUAAAAGUCUAAGAGAAGCGCAUAUUUUCUUAACGCUGUAAUAUUUGUAAAUGUUAACCAGACAGAAAUCUUAGAUUCAUUACUCAAACUGUACACAGACGGAAAUUUCAGGCACAAUCACCCCUCAAUAAUGUCAGAUUUGCUUCUUUAAUUUGCCCCUCCAUUCCCUCAAUGCUCUAGAGCUGCUAUUUCUUCAUAUCAUUCACACACGACCCAUCAGGGGGAAACAUGAGGGAUGCCUCGCCGCUCGCUGCUAAAGAUGAUUGGAGAUGAAGCAGCGUCUGCCGUUUUUCUAAUAGCUCUGUCUGACUCCCCUGCCCCCCGUGUCCAGCCACGCUGAACCUCUGCCCUCUCAUUCCCAAGAUUCUCCCUGGAGUUUAAAACACUUUUCUAUUCUUCACCAUGACAGGAAUUAUUUCGGUGGUUUAAAAAGACUGCAUGCAGCUGAGGUUGCAUUACAUGCUGAGCAAACAUAAUGGCAUUUCGAUUACAAGUUCUAGCCUUGGAUUAGUUCUAGCAUUGGCAUAAUAAUAAUAAGAUGCACAAACACAGAUGAUUUGCUAAAACUGCCUUAAAGUAAGUUUACAAUAAUGGUCAAUAUCAAGCAUAAAUUAGAAAGUAGUAUUUUAUAUGUUAUUACUAGGGAAGUGCAUGCUUAUUACCUAACUUCAAAAUUUAAAUUACAUUUAAAAAAGUCAAUAUUUACUCAUUAGAAACACUAAAACAGUUUAUGCAGCCUCUUUUUUCCAGAGGUCCAUUUUGAAACUCAAUAAUCAUCAUUGACGAAUGUGUAUGUUUCAGUAAAUAUUGACUGUCUUGCUUUUUUGGACAGCAGGGCUGUUUGUACUUGUUCUUACCCACAGUUUUGAUACAUGUUGGUCAUGUGCUGUAAAUUUUAGCAUAUUUGCUUGUUUGAAUUAAGAAGUUCUGAUGUUUUGGUUUUAGUACAUGCAUCUGUUGCUGUGUUUCUGUUUGAGAACUACACUCACAAGCCACUUUAUUGAGACUGCUUGUUAACACAAAUUCCGUAUCAGCCAGUCACAUGGCAGCAACAAUUAGGCACAAUCUGGUAAACUGAGCCAUAGACUUUCAUUCAUACGCACGUAUAUACGUCAGACUGGAAAACGCAAGCUUGUAUGACAAGUUUUGUAGUUCGCUGCAUUGGAAAAUUCAAGCUAUGUGAACUUGGACCUGCGAAAUCGCAUCACUUGGUUGUGUGAGACCAAUUGAAGAUCAAAACAUGACCUCUCUCUACAGGAAUUUCAAACAUAAACCAAUCUCUCGCUUUUUAAAUGUCUAAUAAUCCUGUUUAAUUCCACCCCUUUUCGCAACGCUGAUCAACAGAAUUUCGCAAGCUCAAACUCUAGUGUGACCGCAGUGUAAGAAAGAGAAAGAACAGUGCUGGAACCAGAAAUGGUGGUCUGAAUAUUUGAGAAACCACUUGUUAACUGAGAAGUAUGUCCAAAUUCAAAUGUAGUAACUACUAGAGUAGUAUGCCAUUUUCAACAUAGGCUCAUUCUGGAAAUGUAGCCCUAUAUACAUUUUUGGAGACCGCAAAUUAUGUAGCCAGAGCUACUUAUGGCUGCAUUUAAUCUUUAAAAUGAAUGCUUUAAAGAUCCUGUUCCUAUUUCUUGCUUACCUCCGUAUAGACGGCUUUUCUGCUGUUACCGGUUUGUCCAGUAGCUCCACAUGUAUGUUGGCGGGCUUGAGAUGCAGAGCAGACUUAAGCGAGACAACAGGGUUCGAGUCUGGUCAAGAAUGGUUCCAGAUAGCAGGUAAGACAA